GGAGACUUUAGUCAUUUUGACUUCAGGAAGAUACCCACAACUUUUUCCCAUGUGGUGGCAUUUGCAAUUUUUUAAUACCAAUAAAAUACAAUUAAAAAUAAUAAAAAAUUAUCAGCCUGAUUUAUUUCUCCCUAAUUUAGAAACAGAGGAACAGCCACUUGCCCAUCUUUAGAGUGAUGUUAAGAGCGCACACACCCACAUAUUGGAGUUUCUGAAUCAAAUACUAUAAAAUUCCUCUGUUCCUUCUCCUGUCUCUUCCCUUCCCCCCAUCUUUCUUCUGUGGUUAUUGACUCUGUAUCAGCACCCUUCCUGUUUAAGGAGUUUAGCUUUUGUUUUCUUGGUUAAGAAGGGUGGGUCUAAUUGGCUGAAGUUUGAAUUUUGGUGGGUUUUUUUUUUCCUGAAAUUCUGAAUGGAGAGAGACUUUAUGGGUUUGAAUUCCAGAAAGGAUUCUGCUGUUGUGGUUAAGGAAGAAGCAGUUGAAUUCAAGGAUUCUGGGGCUUCAUGGAUGAUGCCGAAUAAGGACUCCACUCUCCCUCCUUUCCAGUCCUUUAAGUCUGUCCACGAUGAGAAGAUGACAAAAGUUGUGCCUGAGAACCACACCUCUCUUGGUUAUAUGGCUAUGUCUUCGGCUAACGCAUUUGACAUGAAACGUCUGCCAGGCGAAAACUGUUUUGGUGGGGCUACUUCAAAGCAAGGAUUCGUGAGUGGUGUUCCGGUCGCAGCUCCCUGUUCGAUUAUUCCUUCUAACGGUUUUAUGGCUGGGACAACCGAACCAUGGUUUAGUGCUAAGGCUGCUAGUGGUGCUGCUCAGUUAACUAUCUUUUAUGGUGGUUCGGUGAGCGUGUUUGAGGAUAUCACUCCGGAGAAGGCUCAAGCCAUUAUGUUUUUGGCGGGGGGUUGUGUUCCAGCAAACAUGGUACAGACAAGACCCCUAAUUCAGUCACCUGCCUCUAAAUUUGCUGCUGGAGAUGCUGGCUUCAUGAACCAAAACAUGAAUGCACAACCUAGCUCUGCGCUUUCGAGCCCUAUAUCUGUUUCUUCCCAUCCUGUUAAUCACUCAGGUGCUGUCUCUCCUAACAGCGAUGAAGCAAAAGCACCUAAAACAUCUGGCAUGCUGACAAAUAUACCAACCAAAGUUGAAGUUCGAAUGGCUUCUCUUGGACCUGGGGCUGCUGCUACCAUCAUACCAUCAGGUAUAUAACAUGUCAUGAAUAAUUUUAAAUUUUUAGUCGUCUUGGUGGCAAUAUGGGGUUUUGAAGAAAAAAUAUUUUGGUCAUUAGAAUUAAUGAAACCAGAAUCUUUGAACACUCUUGUGCAGCUUACCUAGUGAUAUUGCAAAGUUAUUUAAUUAUUUAAAAUUGGAAAUUUUUUGCAGCUAUCCCUCAGGCCCGAAAAGCAUCUCUGGCUAGGUUUCUGGAGAAGCGCAAGGAAAGGUAACAUAUUUUUAUUUUUUGCUUACUUGUUCCUUGAGACGGAAUCUGGUUUUUAGCUAAUCUUAGCAAUCAUAACUAAGAUUACCAGGAGUAUUUCAUUCUCGCAUUAAUGUUCUUUUUAUUACUUAUUUGGGGGAUAUUUCUAACUCUUACAUGUCAGUAUAAAAUGAAAUGUGCUAAUAAAUGCUGAAGUUCUCUUCUUGGUUUAAUUAUUGUUGAUCUAAUUUAUGUCUGGUUAAGAAAACCGCAGUUUAUUACUUGUCAUCGCAUAAUUAUGCAACUGUAACACGCAUGAGCAUGACCUUCUUAGUUUAUUACUUGCUCUAGCUAAUGACCUAAGUUUCAGUGAUCCAAGGUUCAUAACUUGUUCUUGCACUUGUUGGUUUAACCUCUGCUGAUGAUGUAGCCGAGUUUAGAUUUUCUCAUUAUUGAGGUUCUGCCCUUGGUGGAUUGUGGAUGUAUUUUCUCCUAUUUGAUUAGUUUCUUAGGUGUUUGCUCUCUACUCCAUUUAGAAGGAUCAAAACUAGACGUUUUCUUCUAUCCUUUGGUUUCUGCAUGAAGUUCUCACGCACAUUUGUAUCCAAAAAGAAAAUGUUGUGGUCGACAUACUAAUCAUGUACAUGUGCAGGGCAAUGAACUCAUCUCCGUACAACGUCACCAAAAAGUCUGCUGAAUAUUCGACUUCAGAAGCCGUUGGUGCGGGUCUCCCUGCAACACCUGCGACCUCCUCCGUGGCAGGCUGUUAACCCUUAGUGAACCAUCUGAAGAUGGCCUAAUGGCUCCAGCCCCUUGAACUGGAAACCUGAGAAGCAAGAUAUAAAAUAUGUGUAGCAAAUCAAGAUGCUAAAGCAAUCAAAUUUUGCUUUCCUCUUUAGUUUGUUGUAUCUGUAUCUCCCGAAUUUAGUUCACCCUGGAACUGGAAGUGAUUUAAAGACCUCAAAUCUUUUUUUUUAUUUGUAUAAUAGGUACUUUACUCCUGAUAUCUCAAUUCACCAAGGUUUGUAUAGCAAUCUACUGUACUCUUUUGGUAUUGAGAUUCUAAUAAUGAUAUUAUAUAAUUUUUUUUUUGGGUGAAUGAUUCUUAUACUAAUAAUAAUAAUUGCGCUUGACAAUCAAGCAUAGCAUUUAUUUAUGAGUAAUGCAAUU